AUGGCGUUUGGCAAGUUAUUCACCAUACUGGUCGUGGUUGCCAUCACAUUUGGCGACCAUGAAAUCGAAAAAGAAAAUAAAGCGAAGAAAACCAUGGCGCCGGAGAAGGGACAAAAGUACAGGAGCGCAAAUCCGGGUAAAGAACGAGGUUCAUUCCAUAAAUUGAGCAGUCUUAUGAACCGGACAGAGGAUAGACGGCAAAAUCGAAGGAAUGGAGCAAAAUCCAGCGUCGAUAAAUUACAUCUACUGAAUAAAAGUUAUAAUGACACGAUGAUGAAUGACAAUGAAGGCAUAGCUAUUAGUCAAAAGAUUUAUGACAAUCAGACGUUUUCUAUGGCAGAUAAUAAAAUUAAAAAAAUAAUAAGCAGCCUUCGUCCGAACAGUUCCAUGUAUGAAACCGUGAAUAGGAAUUAUGUGUCACACGCUACAGGGGUGUUUUGUAACUUUGAAAAUAUUACCCAUGAACAUGAUAUGUGUUUGUGGCAGUGGAACUCUACAGUGUCUAGCCACGGACUAGGCUUUCGGGUAGUUACUGCAGCGGACUUGGUUGAGAUGAACCAAACAACAAGAGGUCUGAAGUUCACCGGUCCUGCGACUGAUGCUGAUGGAAACGCAAAUGGUCACUUCUUAUAUUUGGCUGUGGAUCCCACAAUGGAGAAUAUGGUGAUUAAAUCACCACCUUUUCAAGGUUUAUGGGAUUUCUGUAAGUUCGAAGUGAUGUUGCACCAGAGCAAAAUGCAGAACGCGAGUAUUCGCCUGAUCUCGGAAUCAACAGAGACCGAUAUGCAGUGGAUUCUACAAGAAGUUGCUGGAAACAAUAACGGGAAAUGGUAUCCCAUGUUCCUCACCAUCGGCAAGGUUCUCCAGGAAGUACGCAUCAUCAUCGAGGUGACCCGUCCAACUUACGUCAGCCUUUCGCAAUCUUUACCUCACAUUGCCAUAGACAAUAUUCGUAUGACGGAGUGCGUGCCCGAGCCUCCGGUCCUCCCGAACGGGACAUGUGUCCCGGGACAGAUGAAGUGCAAAAUUAUGAAUAGAGAUUCGUGUAUAAAGCUGCAACAAGUUUGUGAUCUCGUACGGGAUUGUGAUGAUGGAAGUGAUGAGAAUUGUGAUAAAAUGCCGUAUGGAACUUAUUGCAAUUUCGAGUCGGACGGUUGUGGUUUUGAAAACGUGUCAGACUCACAGUCCAUCCUCAAAUGGUCUCGACACAACGGCCCAACCCCCACAGACAAAACAGGUCCAAACCACGAUCACACUUGUGGCCCUUCCAUCCCCCACCCCACAUUAGUAGUCCCUCCACUCUUACCAGCCCACCUGAACUACUCAAUAGCCCCGUGCGUGGGUUAUUACUUCUUCGUGAAUAUGAACGUGACAGGACCAAAUCAAGAAAAGCCAGAUUUUGCUUCGACGGCUGUCAUGAGAACAGCGAUCUUCAACCCCCCACCGAAGGUCCACGGGAAUAUUACUUCAAGAUACUACAACUGCUGUAUAAUAAGGUUCUACUAUCAACAAAACGGUCGCAACUACGGCUCCCUCAGCCUCAAUGUGGUGGAGAUGACAAACAGAGGAAACAUCACCACUUCUCUUUGGUUCUCCACCAAAGAUAAGGGUGAGAACUGGUAUAGGGCCUCCAUCAUACUCCCUAACAUAACACACAGGUACUUCUUAGAGUUCAAAACCCGUCGCGGAAUGCGUAUCUAUUCCGACUCUGCCAUCGACGACUUCUCCAUGGCGCCGGAGUGCUUCGGCCUGAACAUAGACCCUGAGGAGUUAGGGGAAUAUAACUACUACGAUCCAGACUUCGAGGAGAAAACCACCCCUCAUCCCGCUUUCGCUGAUAGAUUAUACUACCGUUUCACUACAUGCGGUGCGACAGGUCGCUUUGGUCCAAAUCAGACCAUGUGUGACAUAGCGUACAACAACACGCCGGUCUCCGUCACAGUGGUCCAGAGCCCUCCUUACCAGGGUAUACAGUUCUGGGAGGUACCAGCUGAGGGACUUUAUACGAUAAUAGCCACAGGCGCGAGCGGUGGUCUAGGCUCGGCCUGGGCUGGAGUGUCUCAUGCUGCGAGCGUUCGUGUACUGAUGGAGUUACAUAAGGCAGAGAGACUCUAUGUGCUGGUGGGACAGAAGGGGCUUAGUGCUUGUAAAAAGACGCUAUCAGCUCAAGAGAGUCCGGACUGCGCUCGUCGGCAGUCUAACUCCUCAUUGUUUUUCACCAGCAAGACUCACGAGGUUCGAAAGACCACCGUCUCGGAUGGUGGUGGAGGUGGAGGAGGAGCUACCUUCUUGUUCUUGAUGGAUAAAGAAGGCCAAGCAGUUCCCCUGGUAGUUGCUGGUGGAGGUGGUGGAAUAUCCGUGGGCAGGUUCCGAGACGAUGGCUCUCAAUACGCUAGAGGUCUGACCAACGCGACUCCGGGGUCAGGAUAUAUGUACGGAACUCCGGGGAAAGUUUCUGGUGCCGGUGGCGGCUGGAUAGGUAGUCAUGGACCUGUCACUCCUGGCCACGAGGUCGUACGUGGUUCAGCCUUGCAUGAGGGGGGUGCGGGAGGCCUCGCCUGCGCGGGGAUAGCCCACGGCGGAUUCGGCGGGGGCGGGGGUGGCUGUCUUAAGGGUGGUGGCGGAGGAGGUUGGAUAGGGGGCAGUACAGAUGAACGAAGUGGGUUACAUGGUUGUGGGGGCUGGUCCUAUGUGGCAACGUCCAGGGUUAUACGGGACUACAGCCACGAGGCCGUACUGCCCAGGACUGCUCCGGGAGAGUUACUCAUUAUACCUGCUAUACCGGAUUGCGAUUGCGAUUAUCGGUGCGUUGCACUAAACGAGUGGCGAAGCGAAGUGAAGUGUUACUGUCCCGCCACUUGGACCACAGAUGCUCACGAUCCAACCAAGUGCAUACACAAUACUUACCAACGAAGGAAAGAAGCAGAACAACAGCAGAAGUACAGUCGGGAACAAGACGUGGCUCUCUUCAGACUCCGCAACACUCCCGGGACUGACAACGUGACCAUGGCGUUCAACCCUCACUACGGGAGCGAGAGUAUACUGCCCCAGGGCAUCGACGUCAGAGGUCUGCCACAGGUGUCCAGGGAGAGUUUGAAACUUGUCAAGGCUUUGGGACAAGGUGCAUUUGGUGAAGUCUACCAAGGUCUGUACCGUCACAGGACGGGCGAUACGGUAGAAAUGCCAGUAGCAGUCAAGACUCUACCAGAACUUUCUACCGGGCAGGCAGAGUCCGACUUCCUCAUGGAGGCUGCUAUUAUGGCCAAGUUUAGUCAUCCGAAUAUUGUGCAUCUGAUUGGAGUCUGCUUCGAUAGACAUCCCAGGUUCAUAGUCUUAGAACUGUUGGCCGGUGGCGAUCUCAAGAACUUCCUCCGGGAAAGCCGACCGAAACCCGAGCGAGCUAGCGCCCUGACCAUGAAAGAUCUCCUGCUGUGUUCUCUGGAUGUUUGCAAAGGUUGCAGAUAUUUGGAGACUAAGCGGUUUAUUCACAGGGACAUAGCCGCCCGCAACUGUCUCCUGACCUCCCGAGGUCCUGGUCGGGUUGUAAAGAUAGCAGACUUCGGCAUGGCUCGCGACAUCUAUCGGUCGGACUACUACAAGAAGGGCGGCAAGGCCAUGCUGCCAAUUAAAUGGAUGCCACCAGAAGCUUAUAUUGAUGGAGUAUUCACCAUCAAAACUGAUGUUUGGUCUUUCGGCGUACUUCUCUGGGAGGUGUUCUCCCUGGGCGUGAUGCCGUACACGGGCUGUGCUAAUAGAGAAGUCAUGGAGAUGGUCUCCGGUGGUGGCAGGCUGGAGAAACCUUACGGCUGUCCGCAAGAAAUAUACAGGUUGAUGUGCGAAUGCUGGAACCCAACUCCAAACGCCCGACCAACUUUCCAAAACAUGUUCGAGAUCCUACAGUCAUUCUUACAGGAUGCGGCAAUAGUUAGCGCUCCACUGCCGGUAGUUCGGUCGUUGCUGCCUCUUUCUGCAGAUGUGCAGUACAAUGCCAACGGACCACGGCGAGCGCCGGCGUGCGACUACCUCGUGCCGAUGUCGCCCCAGGACAACACACCGGCGAAUAAUAGCUCAACGGAUCAGCUGGUACUUCAUAGCAAAUCGCCAACGGCGGCCCAGGACCGACCCGACACGGAGGAUUCACAAUUUCCACCUCUACUGAGAGCAUCACAAGAAUAUGGCAACAUUCCAAUGGUGUGCCGGAGCGGCAGCGGCGGCGCAAGGCGCGAUGCCUCGGCUACCUCCGGCGCAGAGACAAGGACCAACACAAAGUUUCUGCAGUCUAAUUCCACGGAUAGGUUGCUAAGUUCAGUAGAAGGUGCGUCACUGGAUGAUGAUACAGCUUCAGAGACAGAUGAAAAACCCAUCAUAUGGGAGACAUCAUUCACCGAGCACAAACCAGAGCUGCGACAAAGUAUUGAUAAUGGACCAGUUGUCGAAAAAUUAAUAAGCAUUACACCAACAUCCCCUAAACCACCUGAAAAUGCACUUUCGAAAGCUAUAGAAUCAAAUGCAGCUGAUAAAACCAACCACAAGAACGCACUAAUUCCGGAACGUAAAGCUGCGCCUAUAGCUUCUCCGGAUCCGCCACGGAUCACCGCGUGGGCUAAGGAAGCACUGCCUAAAUACGCUCCAAAACCAAAACCUUUAUGUUUAGACGCCGCCCAAUUGGAACAGAAUCUAAACGCAUUGAAAAAAAAUAGUGGUUCUGUCAAUUUGACAACUAUGAAUAUUCUCCCGCCUUACAUAAAUGUUGUUACACCAAAUAAGUUAUCAGAUUCUAAAACAAUACAAAUCGACCCCAAGAAAGCUGUUAUAGAUGACUUGCCAAAAGAAACCGAGCCGAAGGAAGAAAAGGGAAAAUUAAAACAGUCCAAUUCAGCGGCUAGUUUGCUGAACGGCCCGAUGACUGAUGUCCCUUAUGCUGACAGUGAUAAUGCGUCGUCAAGUUCUAGUAGUAAUCCGAACAGCAAGAAAUUUGAUGAUAUGAAUAUUGUGAUGAAACAGGGUAGCAACGGGGAAUACGUCGGGGACUCUGAAAUAAGCUGUUAA